UUUCAAAUUGGAUUCGGAAAACCAUAGUCCGGCCCAAAAAAGCAAAUAGAGGCUAAACCUCCACAUAGUACAUUGCAUAGUAGUCAGCCGGUGGUUAGACCAAAAUUGUCCACGCGCCGAAUCCGAUCCUUUGUGAAGGCAGUGAUGGAGGCGGUGGUGAAAAAGUAUCAGCAACGGUUCAGGAGGGCUCGAGACGAGAUGGACCGCUGGGCCAACCUCCAGUCUCGCUUGAUCUUGCAGUUCACAAGCUCCUCCUCCAUCAUCCAGAGGUUGCAGGUGCUUCGAGAUUCUAAGAAUUAUGGCUGUUUGAAUAAUAUCGGUGACAUUAAAGACGCAGUAUUGACGAAGCAGAUGGAGUCGUUGCAAAGCAUUUUGCUUUCGAUGAAAAAGACCUUGGAAGAGUUUCAUGGUGUUGUCUUGAGGCUUGAGAAGAUUCAUCGUGAUGGUAGGCAGAUGAUGAGAGGUGGGUCUAGUCAACCGAGUUUGAAACAGCUGAAGCAACGUGUUGGCGUAAAACCCAGUCUUGCAGAUUGCUUGGAUGGGCUUAUGCUUCUUCAUGAGAUGCACCACUUCGAGUACCUUCUUAAAUCGUCAUUGGUUUCAGCACUUUCAACACUCAUCUUGAAACCCAAUUCCUGUGACCUAAGUGCACUCCAGCAACUUUUGAUUGAUCAGCCUAACAUCCCCAAGGAGGAAGUGCAAGUCAUCUUUGAUAUCAUAUUUGCAGAAGAGAUAUCAUGAUCUAGUCCAUAUGGGGCUCCCGAAAUGUUGGUAGCUUCAGACAUUAAGCAUUUUGCAAUUUGAAAAUUUCCUGUUAUUUGGGUGGCAAUAUUCGCUCGUCGUCUGGUGUGCUAAGGAUAGCCAUUUCGUCUUGGCAGCUUGCGGGUAUCCCAAGACUGUUUUAGGAAAUCAGGUUAUUCAUGCUAUCCAUGGCAAAGCUGCCUAGAAAGACCGAGAUAGACUUAUGCCUUGCUACUUCCAAAAUGCAUGUUGCCAAGGCAUAUAUAAACCGUAUCCCAUUUUGUGAUAUACAUAUACAUGUUGAAUUUGUGAAAAUUUUGCGUAAGCUUGAGUGUAAACCAUUUAAGAUUAGAUGGUUUUAUUAUAUUGUACCUCAUUUUAAGCUACCUCUUAUCUUCCUGAUGUCAUAACUUAAACCUCUUAGAUUUGGUGCCUAAAGAUGUGGACAUUUUUCACUUUUCA